AUGAAGUUCAAAAAGACAGUUUACUACGGACCGGACCUGCCGCCGAAUCCGGACCCACGGGACUACUUCCCGCCACCGCUCGCCUGCGACAGGGCCGCUGCAGCGCAGCCUGCUUGCAACGACCCGGAAUGCCAAUUUAGGUCCCCCAACGUUCCUCGAACAGCGACUCAGUCAGCCGCCUGUGCUCGGCCUGCAGGUUACACCCAACCUGCGGCUCAGCCGGCAGAUAACAGCUCGCCUGGCUACGGUCAGCCGUGCUAUGGGCCCAGCGGGUACUUCGUCCCUCAGCAAUGCAGCCCCCGACAACCCGACUCUUCGUACGAAGCGGCGCCGUCAGGGGCUCCGGCAGGGCAGAGAUGGAACUGGAAGAAUUUGUUUCCUUGGAACGGCCGACAGGACGCGGGUCGACAGGCCCCGGCCUUCACCGCCCCCGCGCGUAGAUUGCCGGCUCAAGGGGUGCGGUUGCCAGUGCAGAGCGUGCGACCCGACUGGGGUGUACGUGGCCCCAGCGUUUCCGGUACCCGGGCGGCGCCGGUGUAUGCGAUGGACACGACUACGCCGUCCGGUUGGCGCCUGAUGAGUGGCGCACCGGACCUGUGCAGCGCCUGCCAAACGGGCAACGGAGAUUGCUGCUGCAAGGCAGCCUCCGACCUACAAGGCACGCUGCGUGCGGCCAAAUUGGUUACGCCGGCUGGGGCGCCCGAUGAACAAACGGCCGACGUGGACGGGCACAAAGUCGCGCACCGCAAACAGUGGGACUCCGCCGUGGAGGAACUCCUUACCAAGGAACCCCUCCACAUCCAUACCGUCAUCCUGCCGCCAGGCAUCUCGCCCGGCGACCCGCGCUUAGCCAACGCCCGAGUCGUCGCGCAACGUACGUACACCACCAACGCACCCGAGUUCCCCAAAGAGGCCUUCUACGGCUCCAUCGACCCCGCACUCGGCGUCUCUUUUUCCAACUAA